AUGGCCAAGGACAGAGACCUCGAGCGCCAAACCUUUCCAAGGCCUCUCCGCCAGAGGAGCCCGGUCUUUGCCAAAAGGUACCGAUGGGGCGAGCAGGACUCCAACUACUCGAUCUCGUCGAUCUCGCCGUCCCGGGGCGCCGCCGCCGCCGACACGCCCCCCGCUGGGCAGUUUCUUGCCCAGGUGUUUUUGUCCCUGCGCAACUAG